GGAUGAAUCAUCUGGAAUAUGUGGCAAGUGGACACGUCCAGCACGAAACAGGAGUAAGCACACCGGCCUCACAUAGCUAGAGGCGCAGGAAGGAUGCAAGUUUGGGAGGGGGUCUGGUUGUCUCAACAUUUUAUUUAAAGAGCCAGUUAACGUGUGCUGUGCAGGGAGUGUGGCUGGAGUUUAUUCAGAGCUCACAAGAGACUGGUUACAGGUAAUGGCUCUCUACACCACUCUGCUGUGGGUGGCCUGGGCUAUUCCGCAAACUACACCAAUGCUGCUUGGUGCUGAUUUGGGUCGCUGCUCUGAGGAGCUGGUUGGUAUGCAGUGGCAGGAGAACCCAAGGGAAGGCUGCAAGCUCUGUCGAUGUAUUUUAGUGAGUGGAGAUGCCUUUCAAGAAUGCGAGACUCCACUGCGUCCCUCUGCAUGGCCUAUGGAGUGUGAGAGGAUCAGGAUAGGAUGUGGAUAUAAAGUCGUUAGAAAGGACAGCACUGAUGUCGAAUGCCCUGGAUGGUCAUAUACCAGUUAUAAAUAUUUGAUUCGAGUUGGUGGGUUUGACUGGGAUAUGGAAAAGGGAGUAUUUCGUGCCUUUAACUACAGGGCAGAUGGAGCACAAGAAUCAAGUAACAGACAACUGAAUGCUGCCAUGUCACUCUAUCACCUGAAACAAGCAGUAGGGCCAACAGAGAUAUCUGCUGCAUUUCCACCACAGUCACCCAGGAGGCAGCAGAUCCUCACUAGACUUGUUAAAAACUCCAGUUUAAAACUGAAGGAGAAAAUACAAAGGAAGCCAAAAACUAACAGGAGACCCCAAAAUGAACGGGUGUCUUUGCAAAUUAAUUUACAAAGAUAA